GCCUCCCCCUUUGUCCCAUUCACUCGCUUAAUUUGCGGCUCCUGAUUCGAAGUCCCCGGGCGCCCCCCAGUGGCCUCUGUUAGACGCGCAUUUCCAAUCAGACCACGGCAGGAGCAAGUGCAGCAGAAGGAGCUCUCCCCGCUCCCCAGCGCAGCCUCAUUGUCCAUUAUUAGGAUUAAGUCGUCCGUCUCGGCUCCUCUUUGACCAGGAUGGAAGCGCAGAUCGAUCGCAGUCGGUAGUAGUCGCUCUCUGGGCGCUUUUAGGAUGAAAUUCCCUCCCAGCCCUCCCCUUUCUCCCCUGACUGAUUGGCGUGGGCAGAUGGAGCUAACAGUCGGGGCCGGACCAAGCAGGACACAGAACCGACCAGACCUUACCGUCCUGUCCGGACCUCUGUGAGCUUGUGCCCUACCCUCCGCAAAUACUAUGGGACAAGCAUGAUCUCCAGGAAGGGCAUUAUCCCCGAGGAGUAUGUGCUCACCACCCGCCUGGCAGAGGACAUCGCCGAGCCCAAGUACCAAGCCAAGGAGAGACGGGCUCGCUUUGUGGCCAAGAAUGGCACCUGCAAUGUGGCACACAAAAACAUCAGGGAGCAGGGGCGCUUUCUCCUUGAUGUGUUCACCACUGUGGUGGACCUCAAGUGGCACUACACCCUCCUCAUCUUCACCAUGUCCUUCCUCUGCACCUGGCUGCUUUUUGGCAUGAUCUGGUGGCUCAUCGCCUUUGCGCAUGGGGACCUGGACAACAACGACGAGAGCUUCGUGCCCUGUGUGACCAGUGUCCAGUCCUUCACUGCAGCCUUCUUGUUCUCCAUUGAGGUGCAGGUCACCAUUGGCUUUGGAGGUAGGAUGAUCACAGAAGAGUGCCCCUCUGCAAUCCUGGUGCUCAUCAUCCAGAACAUUGUUGGUUUGGUCAUUAAUGCCAUCAUGCUGGGCUGUAUCUUCAUGAAGACUGCCCAAGCCCACCGGAGAGCAGAGACCCUUAUCUUCAGCAAGCAUGCGGUCAUUGCCAUGAGGAAUGGCAAGCUCUGCUUCAUGUUCAGGGUAGGUGACCUGAGGAAGAGUAUGAUCAUCAGUGCCACCAUCCGCAUGCAGGUGGUGAGGAAGUCCAGCAGCCAAGAAGGUGAAGUUCUACCUCUCAACCAAAUUGAUAUCCAGAUGGAAAACCCAAUCAGCACCAAUGGGAUCUUCCUAGUCUCCCCCCUCAUCAUCUGCCACACGAUCACCAAAGACAGUCCCCUAUAUGAUAUCUCCCCUGACAGCCUCACCCACCAUGAAGACUUGGAGAUCAUUGUCAUCCUGGAGGGGGUAGUCGAAACCACAGGAAUAACCACUCAAGCAAGGACUUCCUACCUGGCUGAUGAGAUUCGCUGGGGGCAAAGGUUUGUUCCUAUAGUGGCAGAGGAGGAUGGCAGAUAUUGUGUCGAUUACUCAAAAUUUGGGAAUACGGUCAAUGCCCCGACCCCCCACUGCACCCCUAGGGCAUUGGAGGAGAACCACAGCGCUCUGGACAACAUCUCCUUCUCCCCCAGGAGCACAGUCAGAAGGAGAAAUAUGUCUAUGAAGGUAAAACCAAAGUUCACUCUGUUUGAAGAGCCUUCCUGACCCACCAAGGGGAUUUGCCUUAUUCACAAAGGACAGACUUGUACCCACAAUGUUCAGGGACAGGCAAUAUCUUAUAUGCAAGUGGGAGCAGCCUAUAGUGUUGGAGUGGAUCAGGUAUUUCUGCAGUAUUUCAUAUGAUGACACGUAGCCUUGCACUUACCCUUUAUUUACUUUUAUAAUCUCUUUGUUUCCCUUGAAAUUCCAUGUUGAGCAACUUCCCCUUUAUUCUGGGAUCAGCGAUGACAAUGUUGCAUCUACUGGAGAAUUUGCCUCCUAGGAGACCUUGUUCUAUUUACAGCCCCCCCAGCAGUCAGCUCCUAGGAGACACAUUGUCCCUACUGCUCUGUUUAACCCCUGGGAAGACCUUCAACUGUACUGGUCUGUUUAACCCUUGGGAGACCUGCAGCAGAUCCCACCUAAAGCUCUAUGCACAGAGAUUCAGCAAUACUGGGUCAGAUUGUGGUGUUUUGAGGGGAAAUAAUUUCACUUCUCAAAAUGUAUCGUCUCCUUUAAUGCUCCCAUGGAGGAACCUGUUUCCUGGCGCUCAUGUGACCCAUAAACAGACGCAGCACUGCUGCCUGGAGAGACCUGAGCUCAUUGAACAGGGAGAGAAAAUAAUUUAAUGUUAAUGGAAAUUAAAUCUAAGGGGUUGUUCACCUUUAAAUUAACUGUUAGUAUGAUGUAGAGAGUGAUAUUCUGAGACAAUUUGCUUGUUGGUUUUCAUUUUUUAUCAUUUGUGGUUUUUGAGUUAUUUUGCUUUGUAUUCAAAAAGCUCUCCAGCAAUCUGGUUGUUAGGGUCCAACUCACCCUAGCAACAAUACAUUGAUUUGCAUUGGAGACUGGACUAUUAAUAGGAGAGGCCUGAAUAGAAAGACAAGUAAUAAAAUGUAGGAAUAACAAUAAAUUUGUAGCUUAAAGAACAUUUGUUUUUAGAUGGGGUUAGUGGCCCCCAUUUGAAAGCUGGAAAUAAUCAGAGGAAAAACAGCAAAUAAUGAAAAAAACUAUAAAAAAAGAAAUAAUGAUGACCAAUUUAAAAGUUGCUAUAAUUGGUCAUUCUAUAACUUACUAAAAAUUAAUGAGAAGGUGAACCACCCCUUUAAAGGGGUUGAUCAUGUGACUGCAGUGUCCCUUUAACUUCUCACCUGUGCAGAAUGCGCCUACUGCCCAUUUAAAGGGAAACUGACAGUAAAUAACAAUUAGUAACAAUCGGGCGGUUCCUUUUAUCUCACUGCUGUGGGCCCGGCAACUCAAAGGGCCCAAGCAAUAUUUUUCUUAUCAGUAAUAGUGCAGUAGAAUAUGAUUUUAAUGAGUCUUCACCCCCAUACUUUGGUACACACACACCCCCAAGCAUGAAACUCCCCUGACAGUGACACUUUCCCUUUAACUCCCGGUGAGCCCUUCUCAUAUGAAUUUAAGUGCUGGGAGACAGGGAGCAGCUGACACCCAUCUGUGCUGUACCCUGGGCAGGGGCAGGUUCCAGGCAAAUGGUGGGGGAUAAAUAUAGAAAGUAUUACUUCAUGUCUUAAAGGAAACUCAAUGAGCAAAUACCCCCCCCCACACACACACACACACCGGGAGUUUGGGCAGAAGACACCGCAUGUGACUUUUAUAUAAUGGGAUAGAGACUAUUUAUAUGCAAAUCCAAUGGCUACAAAUAAAUUCUGCCUUUUUUUCUAAAUAUUGCACCCAUUUAUUUUAUUGGGAAAUGGGGAUUUUUGGGUCUGUUUGCGGCCACUGUUCCCGCUGAGAAAUUUACUAAACAAAUAAAUAAACAUUUCCUUCUCUGUCA